UAAUUCUUUUUCUUCUAAAAAGUCACUAAGUUCACGCACUUCCCUCUCCCCCACAAAAAAGCACCAUCCAUACGAAACACAAACAAAACCGCACUUCAUUUCAUGUCGUUUUUGUCGCAUCACCAACAAGAAAAAAAUAACUCUUUGUUUCUCUCUCUAUUUAGUGUCUCUGUCUUUAAACCAAAUCUAGAGCAACCCAUUUCGUUGUUUAAGCUUCUAGGGUUUCCUUCUUCUUCCAUUUCGCUGAAUGACUACACACCCUUUUCCACACUGACAAGACUGUACUCUCUCUCUUUCAAACAAGGCCUUUGCUUUCGACUCUAUUAUGGCUGGAGAAAUAGCAUGGAUCAGCCACUAUGAUGAUGACUACUUGCAAAAGAAGACCGAGGACUUUGAUUUGGAUCUUAGUGAGGAAGUUGAUAAAGAAGCAAGUGCUGUUUCCGUUGACGUGAUUUUGCCAGAUGAUUUAUUGGAGCGUAUCUUGUCCUAUCUUCCUCUUGCAAGCAUUUUCCGUGCAAGCUGUGUGUGCAAAAGAUGGAAUACGACUGCGGAAAGGUUUUUAUGGAACCCUUCUCAUUUGCUACCGCAGAAACCUUGGUAUUUUAUGUUCACGAGCUCUGAUGAACCAACCGGUCAUGCUUAUGAUCCCAAUCUUCGGAAAUGGUAUUGCAUUGAGCUCCCCUUCAUUGGAACUUCUAAUUGGUUCAUUUCUUCGUCAUAUGGCUUAGUUUGCUUCAUGGACAAUGACAGUAGAACAGAAUUAUGCAUGUGCAAUCCUAUUACUAAAAGUUGCAGGAAGCUUCUAAGGCCUCCAGGGAUGAGCUCUGAUUACGGUGCAUUAGCGAUUUCGGUCGACAAGGAAUCACAUGGUUAUAUCGUGGCAAUUGUGAAAUCAAAGCAAGUCCCAGAAAACUUUUUUCAGUGGGAUAUCUCAAUUCAUUUAUACAAUUCAAAGGAGGAGGCAUGGGCGAUGCCGCUAACUGAGGUUUUGACUGGGUGGAGAGGUGGUGAUGAGAGUGUGAUAUGCAACGGUGUGCUUUACUUUGUAGUUUACUAUGCUGGUGGUGUUCUGCCAGAAAACCGUCACGCUUUAGUCGCAUAUAAUAUCUCCAACCGAUUUUCUCAAGCUAGCUUGAGCUUUAUUCCUAUACCGUGUUCUCUGACAUGUGCUCGUCUAAUGAACAUGAAGGAUAAGCUUGUAAUGGUCGGAGGCAUUGGCAAACAUGAUCAACCAGACAUAAUCAAAGGAAUCGGUAUCUGGGUUCUUCAUGAUAGGAAGUGGGAAGAGAUUGUGCGAAUGCCUCACAAAUACUUCCAAGGCUUUGGAGAGUUCGAUGAUGUUUUCGCUAGCAGUGGCGUCGAUGAUCUAAUAUACAUUCAAAGUUAUGGAUCUCCUGCACUUCUCACAUUUGACACGAACAUUAAACAAUGGAAAUGGUCACAGAAAUGCCCCGUUGCAAAGAGGUUCCCUCUACAUCUUUUCACUGGUUUCUGCUUUGAGCCGAGGCUUGAAAUUUCUCCCUAGUUUGUUAUUCUCUAUAAUAUCAAACAGCUGCUAUUGACAAUUGUUCCAAGUUUCUGGUGAUUUUCUACUGUUUUUACUUGAAAAUUUAUAUGAUUUCUGUGUUUCAACUUGCUUAUAA